AUGUCUGCCUUGGACCUAAUUGAGGUGCUGGUCGAGGAAUACUUUAAUAAUAUCCACCCUCUCCGCGCUUUUGCUUUUACGCACAAGCCAUCGUUCCUGCAACGACUAGAUGGGGAACUCGCGAAGAACCGUCACACUCAUGCGUUGCUGCAUAUUGUCUGUGCAUUGGGAGCCCAUGAGACUGUAGCCCCUCUCGCAUCAAAGUUCAUUCUUCAUGCAGGGGCCGAAUGGGCGAAGAUCGCUCAACGUAUCAUCCUGGAGGCCCUCGAUUCUGUCACUAUCGAGAAUCUCAUGGCAGCCGUCCUUCUCCAUGACUAUGCUGUUCGCUUAGGAAACUUCUCGAACGCAUUCAUGUUAAGCGGAAUCACCACCAGGAUGACGCAGGCAUUGCAGAUUAAUCUCGAAUAUAACACCGAUGUACUCUGUCACGAAACCGAGUCUAAUCUGCCAGUGACGGCGAGAGAGUCCCGCCGACGGCUGAUGUGGAGCUGCUAUAUCAUGGAUGCGCUGGUAGGCAGUGGAGUUGACCAACUCACACUGAUGGAUGAAAGGGAUAUCAAGAUUCAGCUUCCAUGCAACGAGCGUAACUUCACUCAACAAGUGCCUUGUCUUACUGAAACAUUGAAUCCAGGGAACAGACUCAAACAUCCUCCUGUGGAUCCAGACAUCAACUCUCCCUCCCCUAACAUGGGUAUCAUGGCUUACUUUAUUCGGCAUAUUGCACUCCGUAAGAGAGUUUUACGGUAUAUCAAACACCUAGGAGACGCCAUGGUCCCUUGGUCCCCAGAAUCCGAAUUUGCUCUCCUAGACGCAGACUGUCGAGCAUGGUACGAAUCCCUACCAGCCAGUCUCCAAUUCACACCAGACGCAAUCUACAUCCGAAAAGACACAUCGCAACUAGGCGCUCUCUGCGUGCUGCAUUGUGCGCACUAUCAAACAAUCUGUGACUUAUAUCGACUAGGAGCACCGGCUCUGUACAAACUGCGCGCAGCCUUCGACUUCCCGCCUGAGCAGCAUGAUUUCCUCCAGCAUCUGCAGCAGGUUUUGUUUGAUGCCGCGCGUGCUUUAGCUACGAUUAUUGGCCAGACGGCUCGCCAUGGUCCGAGGAUGUUGGCUGAUUCUUGGUUGCCAACCAUUACUUAUGAUAGUUGUCGGAUCAUGGUGUAUCAUCUUACUCAGAUUCUUGAUCCGAGGGAGGAGAGCACAAAAGUGCUCAUUUUGGCCACUAUUCCGCUGUUGAGGAGUAAUAUCUCUGCUCUGAAAUCUAUGGGGUCCCUGAAUGCCAUCGCCAACACCCUGGGCUGUGCGGCAGAGACAAUGCUAGACCGAUCGGGUAUUGAGUCCGAGGUGGUAACACACAACAUAAUCCCCGAUGAUCCAUACCAACCGGAUGAAGAUGAAGACAUGAGUGAAAGUAUAACAGGGACGCCUGCCCAAAGUGCCCCAGAUUACGUCCUGAACCCCUUGACAAUCUUCCGCAUGGCACGCAAAACAAUACCAGAACGCCACGCCCCCGAAAAAGCAGGCACAUCAUCCGCGCCAAACAGUGUUCGGUCAGACCCGCACGCGGAAGUUGAUCGGACCUCAACGCGAGUCAACGAUGAGAGAAUGUUAGGUGGGAACGGUGAACUUGAUGCUGGGCAAGCGAGUCUCGAGGAAUUGCAGACUCUUUUCAUGUCUGACUUGGGCUGGGCGUGGCAGCCUGCUGAUACGGCUGUGGGAUCGGGGAUUGACGGUGCAGGGCUUUUGCCUUGGGCUGGUGGGUAUCCUGUUGCACAGACUGAGCCUUGGUUGCCUGUUUUUCCAUUUCCACAACAGGGGUAG